GGGGGCCCGGGGCAGAGACCCACCCCGCGCUCCCUCACAGGGCGGGCUUCCCUCCGCCCGGCGCCCGGAUCUGCCCCUGCGCUCUCGGGGAGCAUGGAUUUGGCCAAGUGAAGCCGCCGGAGGCAGCAGGGACUCCUCGGACAAGAGGGCAGGGACCCGCUGGAGGGCCCGGGGGCAGCUGAACGGAGGAAUUUUUUUUAAAAUCGCUUUUUGUGUGUUUGUGUGUGGGGGGUGGGGGGGAGUUAAUUCCUUCUCCCUCCAUCCUCUUGGACAGUUUUUCCUCCCCCCACCCCUUCCGGCUUUUUUCCUCUUGUGGGGGUGACUUUUUUAAUUCCUCGCAUUUAAAAAAAAAAACCCCAACAACCCUUGUUUUUAACGGCAUCCAGCAAAAAAGCUGCCAUGGAUUUUACUGGCGGCUCUGGGGGGGCCGGCGAUCUCCGACAGAUCGAGGAGAGCAAGCCACUGCUGGGUGAAAUGUCUGCUACGGAGGGGAGUAAAAUGGGUGCUGCUCGUUGCAGGCGACCCCUUCUGCACUGCAACGGCAUGAGGUAUAAACUGCUGCAAGAGGGGGACAUCCAGGUUUGUGUCAUCAGACACCCCCGGACAUUUCUUAGCAAGAUCCUCUCCUCCAAAUUUUUGAGGAGGUGGGAGCCUCAUCACUUAACCCUGGCAGAUAACAGCUUAGUCUCAGCUACACCAACUGGGUAUAUGGAAAACUCCAUUUCCUACAGUGCUAUUGAAGAUGUUCAGCUGCUCUCCUGGGAGAAUGCCCCUAAGUACUGUUUACAGCUCACAAUCCCUGGCGGUACUGUCUUACUGCAGGCUGCAAACAGUUAUCUGAGGGAUCAGUGGUUUCAUUCUUUGCAGUGGAAGAAAAAGAUUUACAAGUACAAGAAGGUGCUUAGUAACCCAAGCCGCUGGGAGGUUGUUUUGAAGGAGAUUAGGACGCUGGUGGACAUGGCGCUAACCUCUCCACUACAAGAUGAUUCCAUCCAUCAAGCACCACUGGAGAUUGUCUCAAAACUGCUCUCAGAGAAUACCAACUUAACCACUCAAGACCACGAGAGCAUUAUUGUGGCAAUUGCACCUUUGCUGGAAAACAAUCACCCACCGCCUGACCUCUGUGAAUUCUUCUGCAAGCACUGCAGAGAACGCCCUCGGUCCAUGGUUGUCAUAGAAGUGUUUACACCAGUGGUACAGAGAAUCCUCAAACACAACAUGGAUUUUGGGAAGUGCCCUCGGUUGAGGCUGUUUACUCAGGAGUAUAUUCUGGCUUUGAACGAACUGAAUGCUGGCAUGGAGGUGGUAAAGAAGUUCAUUCAUAGCAUGCAUGGUCCCACUGGACAAUGCCCCCAUCCUAGGGUCCUUCCGAAUCUUGUAGCUGUCUGCUUAGCAGCCAUUUAUUCUUGUUAUGAGGAAUUUAUCAACAGUCGAGACAAUUCUCCAAGUCUGAAGGAAAUUCGUAAUGGCUGCCAGCAGCAAUGUGACCGAAAGCCUAACUUACCCCUCCGACUUCUCCACACGAGUCCUGACCUGGUCUCUCAAGAGGCCAGCAUGACCGAAUCUCGCCUCAAAUCGGUCAUUGUCACUUCAAAUGAGAUCCAUGUGGAAGUGGAACGUAACAACACAGCCAACCAGAAGAUGACAGCGAACGUUGGCAACGAUAGUGAGCCCAACCUGAUUGACUGCCUGAUGGUCAGCCCCACCUGUAGCACCAUGAGCAUCGAGCUGAGCACCCAAGCAGACAGGAUCCUUGGCUGCUAUGUGGAAAUACUCAAAAUGCUGUCGGACUAUGAUGACUGGAGACCAGCUCUGGCCAGCUUGCUUCAACCUAUCCCAUUUCCCAAGGAGGCUCUUGCACAUGAGAAGUUCACAAAGGAGCUGAAAUAUGUGAUUCAAAGAUUUGCAGAAGACCCAAGACAAGAAGUGAGUCUCUUUUUCCAGUUAAGCAGAGUAAUCAUCAAAGGGAUUGUCCAUUCGUGUUUGCUGAGUGUACGGGCUGGCAAAGAUGGCUGGUUCCAGCUAUACAGCCCUGGGGGAGUGGCCUGUGAUGAUGAUGGAGAACUAUUUGCCAGUAUGGUACGUGUCUGCAAUAACGUUCAUAUUUUGAUGGGGUCUUGUUAUAAAACAAAAAAAUUCCUGCUUUCGCUGGCUGAAAACAAACUUGGACCCUGCAUGUUACUGGCUCUGAGGGGUAACCAGACCAUGGUGGAGAUUCUGUGUUUGAUGCUGGAAUAUAACAUCAUCGACAACAAUGACACGCAGCUCCAAAUCAUCUCUACUCUGGAAAGCACAGACGUGGGAAAGAGAAUGUAUGAACAGCUGUGUGACAGGCAGAGGGAAUUAAAAGAACUGCAAAGGAAAGGCGGUCCAACGCGAUUAACACUGCCAUCCAAAUCCACAGAUGCAGACUUGGCCCGGUUAUUAAGCUCAGGAUCCUUUGGAAACCUGGAAAACCUCAGCCUGGCCUUUACCAAUGUAACGAGUGCCUGUGCUGAGCACCUCAUCAAACUGCCUUCGCUCAAGCAGCUGAACCUGUGGUCAACUCAGUUUGGAGAUGCAGGUUUGCGGCUUCUGUCUGAACAUCUCACCAUGCUGCAAGUGCUCAACUUAUGCGAGACUCCCGUCACAGAUGCUGGGCUGCUGGCACUGAGCUCCAUGAAAAGCCUGUGUAGCCUAAAUAUGAACAGCACCAAACUCUCAGCCGACACCUAUGAAGAUCUCAAGGCUAAAUUGCCCAACCUGAAAGAAGUGGAUGUCCGCUACACUGAAGCAUGGUGAACUCUCUUUGCCUUUAGCUUCUGACAAAAAGAAGAUGAUUUUAAAAACAAAACCAGAAAAUAAAUCAACUUUUGGCUAAUACCUGUAGAGCAGUGAGUUCUGGGACGUCACUUCUAGCAGUUGUGGUUGUGAGGUAGAAGUGUUGCUGUGUGUGGAGGAGGGUGAACUGAGCAUGCCCAGACCCUGCCUAAUUCUUUCAGCUUUGUAAUUUCAAAAAAUCAACAUAAUUUAAAUCGAAAAA